AUGGAGGAACAGCAAGGGUCCAAGUGGACCAAGCAUCACGGAUUUACAGGAAGUGGAGGUAAACCGAACCACUCUGGAGGUGGCGGUUCACCGGAGUCGCCGAAGCCGUCAGGCAGCGGGGUUAAACCCAAUUUUUCCGGUGACACCGGGGUGAAGCCCAGUCUUGCCGGCGUUAGUGAGGUCAAGUCUAGCCUUUCCGGGAGCAGCGUAGUCAAAACCAGCUCUGCCGGGGGCAGUGGUUCUCCCCUGGGCAGACCGAAUAAACCAGUAAUUGACAACAUUGCACCAGUUAUUCCACAAAUGAUGGUUCUAAGGAAGAACACUGAGAGUAAACCUGAUCCAAACGUGCAGAACGCCGGAUCUCAGAAAGCAGCGACAUCAACAAUCUCGACAACGGGAACGGUUCUGAAGGAUAGUAGCGGUGCUACAACGGGCACACCAACAAGUACUUCUGGUGGUGAUGCGUGUGAAACCACGACUGCAAUGGAAGAUGAAGUAAGCGAGCAACAACGAUAUGCUACAAUCAAGCGUCCUGGAGCCAUGGUUACGGAGAGUUCAGAAAGCGAGGAGGUAUCAACAGCCAGUGGCCAGCAAAAAAUGAAACAUGGCCUCCGAUCGCCCAUUGCUAGUGGUGGUGUCCGGUCGGUCGUCAUCAGCAGCAGUAGUAGCAGCUCCAGUACACAAUGA